AUGGAAAAAUUACUAUUUUUACGUACAAGAAUAGUUUAUGAAAGAAAUUUUAUUUUAAAUCUUCGCAAUUCUCCACUUUCUAGAACUCCUCCAAAAAAUUUUGAUACAUUUCCGGACACUAUGGUUAACGGGGUUUCUAAUGGUAAAGCUAUAAAACCAAAUAAUGAAAAUUGCAAAAAAUUAAAUUCAAGCGGAGAUCAGAAAGAAAAAACUGAUUCAUCAGUCGAUGAUACUCAGGAACAAUUUCAAAUGGACAUAGUACAUGAAAUGUUAAAGAAAAGUGUAUGUUUCUCUACCGAUGUUGAUCUACAGCUAAUUUAA